AUGUUUCCCGUGUCACGGUUUUGUCGACAGUCAGUUGUGCUACGGCGUUGGGCGCGUCGCUACGCUCACACCGAAUCGAAUGCCGGCCCCAAAACAGCCUCGUUUGGCUUCAAGACUGUCAAAGAGGAGGAAAAGGAGGACCUCGUGAAGAACGUGUUCGAUUCCGUCGCGACCUCGUACGACCUGAUGAACGACGCGACUUCCUUUGGUGUCCACCGACUUUGGAAGGAUGAAUUUGUCUCCUCGUUGAAUCCGGGAAAGAAGGGACCUAUGAAGUGUAUAGACGUCGCAGGGGGUACUGGAGACAUCGCUCUCCGAAUUCUUGACCAUGCUCGGGAGAAGUUCGCCGACCGCGAAACGACCGUGGAGGUGGUAGACAUCAAUGGGCAGAUGCUAGGAGAAGGUUACAAGCGGUUCAAGAAGACUAUGUACCAUAACACUCCUCAGGUAUCCUUUCACGAAGCGAAUGCCCAGGCCUUGCCCGAAGCUCAUUUUCAAGAUAAUACCUAUGAUCUUUAUACUAUCGCAUUUGGUAUCCGCAACUGCACGUCCAUACCAUCCGUUCUUGAGGAGGCGUACCGCGUCUUGAAGCCUGGCGGAACGUUUGCUUGCCUUGAGUUCAGCAAGGUCAACAAUCCUCUCAUGAGCAUGUUGUAUGACCAGUACUCCUUCAGUGUCAUUCCCCUCCUUGGGACGAUUCUAGCUGGUGAUCGGGACUCGUACCAAUAUCUGGUCGAAUCCAUACGUAAAUUCCCGCCACAACCCGAGUUCGCGAAGAUGAUUAGAGACGCCGGUUUCACCACAGGAAAAGACGAAGACGGCGGCGCAUGGGUGGACUUAUGGGGAGGAAUAGCCUGUAUACACAAGGGGGUAAAAGUGUAG